AUGGCGACAUGUCGGUUGAUGACAAACCUCACUCUGGACGUCCAUCAACUCUCGAAUCGUCGAGAGCUUGUGCUUGCAGACUGUCGACUGACAAUCGAUCAACUAUCCGUAAGUAGUGAGUUGUCCUGGAGUUCGGUUCAGCGAAUUUUAACAGAUUUGGGAAUGAAACGGGUUGCUGCCAAGUUUGUUCCUCGGGCUCCGACUGACAAUUAUAGAGAACACCAAGUUGAAACAUAUCGUACUUUAAAACCACAGCUUGAAUCUGAUCCAAAUUUCCUGUCAAAGAUCAUCACUGGUGAUGAGACUUGGUGCUACGGUUAUGACCCAGAAACGAAGCAACAGUCAAGUCAAUGGAAAACGCCGUCGUCCCCCGUCCAAAGAAUGUCGUCAAGUCAAGUCAAACAUCAAAAGAAUGCUGAUUUGAUUUUUUUGAUGUCAAAGGCGUUGUCCAUUCCGAGUUUGUUGUGUUUGUAA